AUGGGUAGUCUAUUGCCUGAAGAUGGUUGUAUUCCAAAGUUUGCCCAAUUGUACAUUUAUGAUACGGAAAAUGAGAUUAAUCGUAGGAUAAACUCUGUGAGGGGGAGGAAUGAUUUGAAUAAUCUGCAUUCAGAAAUAGUUGUUGAUCUCCAAAAAAUGUUGGAUGAAGAAAAUGUUUUGGUCAAAUCCUUCCGAAUGGUCAAAGACAAGAUUAAUGAAGAAAAUCAUCCAAAUGCCAGUUUAAGAUUACUUGGCAAGAGAGGUAGGGAUGGGAGAACUUAUAACCUUCCUACUGUUUCCGAGGUUGCUUUGCUUGUGGUUGGUGAUUUUGAUGAAGCUUUGGGUGAUAGAGAUAUUAUUGUUGAAAAACAAUCAGGCCGAUUGCAACGUAUUACGGAACGAAGUCCUUCUUAUCUUGCACUUCAGUAUCCACUUCUUUUUGCUUAUGGUGAGGAUGGUUAUAGCGAAGAUAUUGGUUUUUCAGAUAGUUGCACUUCUUCAAACAAAAGAAAGAAAAUUAGUCCGAAAGAAUAUUUUGCAUACCGGUUGCAUGAUAGACUGAAUGAGUGUUCUGUUAUUUUGUACGCUCGGCGAUUAUUCCAGCAAUUUGUUGUUGAUGCUUAUACUAUGAUUGAGACUGGUCGUCUAAGGUUCGUACGCACACAACAGAAAAAAUUACGGGCUGAAAUGUAUAAUGGUCUUGCGGAGGCUGUUCUUCGAGGUGAGACAGAUGGUUCAAUGCAUGGUAAACGAAUCAUUUUGCCUUCAAGUUUUGUUGGUGAGGCAAGAUAUAUGAUUCAGAAUUACCAAGAUGCCAUGGCAAUUUGUAGAUGGUUUGGUUAUCCAAAUUUGUUUAUUACCUUUACUUGUAAUCCGAAAUGGCCAGAGAUUGUUAGAUUUCUUGGUGCCAAGGGGUUGAAACCGGAUGAUCGACCCGAUGUUGUCUGUAGGAUUUUUAAAGUGAAGUUGGAUAAUUUGAUAAGAGAUCUUAAGACCAACCAAAUUUUUGGAGCUGUGAAAGCAGUUGUGUAUACUAUUGAGUUUCAGAAACGUGGAUUGCCUCAUGCCCAUAUUUUGCUUUUCUUAAGCAAUGAGGACAAAUUACCUCAACCUAGACGCAUUGAUGAGAUUAUUUCUGCUGAAAUUCCUGAUCCAGCAAUUGAUCCUUGCUAUUAUGAAAAUGUCAAAGAAUUCAUGGUGCAUGGACCAUGUGGUGUUGUUCGUAAAUCUUCUCCCUGCAUGCGUGAUGGAAGAUGUUCAAAAUAUUUCCCAAAGCAAUAUCUUGAUGCCACAAAGUUUGAUGAUGAUGGUUUUCCGGUUUACAGACGUAGAGAUAAUGGUCGUGUUGUUAUGAAGGAUGGUGUGCCCUUGGAUAAUAGAUAUAUUGUUCCACACAACCGUGCAUUGCUUAUGAAAUACGGUGGUCACAUCAAUGUUGAGUGGUGCAAUCAAUCGCAAUCCAUCAAGUAUUUGUUCAAGUACAUAAACAAGGGUCAUGAUCGUGUUACAACGUCUUUUUUCCAAACUGGUGCGGAUGGUGCUAGGCAGAAUUUGGAUGAAGUUAGUUUGUACUAUGAUUGUAGGUAUAUAUCGCCAUGUGAAGCUGCUUGGAGAAUUUUCGGAUUUGAAAUUCAAUAUAAGGAGCCUUCUGUUGAAAGACUGAGUUUUCACCUUCCGAAUGAACAACAUGUUAUUUUUAAUGAAUCAGGUCCGUUGGACAACGUUCUAAAUCGUCAUACUAUUCAUCAAAGCAAGUUUUUGGGUUGGAUGGAGGCAAAUAAGAUUUAUUCUGAAGGUCGAAAUCUCACUUAUGGAGAAUUUCCGACCAAAUUUGUGUGGAAAACCCAUCAUUGGCAACCUAGAAAACAACGGUUUUCCAUAGGGAGGUUGUUUUAUGUUGCUCCAGGUUCUGGUGAUAUCUAUUACUUGAGAUGUUUGUUGAAUAUUGUUAAAGGAGCUACAUCAUACGAAGACAUUAGAUGUGUCAAUGGGGUUCAAUAUGAUACGUUUCGAGAUGCCUGCUAUGCAUUAGGAUUGUUGGAUGAUGAUAAAGAAUAUGUUGAUGGCAUUAUAGAGGCAUCCUUUUGGUCUUCUGCGCAUUCUAUAAGAUUGUUAUUUGUGAGUUUAUUGACAUCAGAAUCUAUUUCAAGGCCGGAUUUUGUUUGGCGAAGUUUGAUGUUGGAUGACGAAGAAAUUCAGAAUUUUGCAUUGGCGGAGAUUGAGAAAUUGUUGUUAAAUUUUGGGAAAAGUUUGCGCGAUUUCCAGGGCAUGCCUUAUCCAAGAUCGGAGUAUUUUGAAUCAUUUGACAAUAAGUUGAUUAGCGAUGAGUUAUGUUAUGAUCGUGAAUCUUUAGGAAGAGAACAUUUGGAAUUUCUUACCAAGUUCACUGAUGAACAACUUUAUGUUCAUGAUACUAUUAUGUCAUCUGUCUAUUCAAGUGAUGGAGGAAUGUUUUUUGUCUAUGGUUAUGGAGGUAAUGGUAAAACUUUCAUAUGGAAGUCUUUGUCAGCCGGGAUUCGAUCUAAGGGUGAUAUUGUUUUAAACGUGGCAUCGAGUGGCAUAGCUUCUUUACUUUUGCCUGGAGGUAGAACAGCUCAUUCUCGAUUUAAGAUUCCCAUCAUUGUUAAUGAAGAUUCUAUGUGCAAUAUAAAACCAGGGAGUGCACUUGCUGAACUGAUUGUAAGAGCUAAGCUUAUCAUAUGGGAUGAAGCUCCGAUGAUUCAUAAACAUUGCGUAGAAGCUGUGGAUAGGACUUUUAGAGAUAUUAUGCGUGUAUGUAAUGAACGUAGUACGGACAAACCCUUUGGCGGAAAAACAGUUGUUUUUGGAGGUGAUUUCAGACAAAUCUUACCAGUUGUUCCUAAGGGUAGUAGGCAAGAUGUUGUGAAUGCCGCUCUUAACUCUUCAUAUCUUUGGAGGAAUUGCACAGUUCUGAGGUUGACCAAAAACAUGCGACUUUUGAGUGCUGCAUCUUCUGAUGAAGUUUCACAACUGAAGGAAUUUUCUUCUUGGGUUGCUUCUAUUGGAGAUGGAGUUGUUGGUGGUCCAAAUGAUGGUGAUGUCACUAUUGAUCUUCCUUCUGACAUUGUUUUGUCUAAUUCUGGGGAUCCUCUUAGAACAAUUGUUUCAACGAUAUAUCCAUCCUAUAUGAAUCAUGAGGACUUGAUGAAAUGUUUGCAUGAUCGUGCCAUACUUGCUCCUACUUUAGAGGUUGUCGAUGAGGUUAACCAAUUCAUGAUGUCAUUGGAUCAGUCUGAGGGUCGAGUUUAUUUGAGUUCUGAUAGUAUCUCAAACUCAGAUUUGACCUCAAAUGGCUUAGCUGAGAUACAUUCUGUUGAAUUCUUGAAUAAGUUGAAGUGUUCAGGUACACCUAAUCAUGAAUUGUUAUUGAAAGUCGGUACUCCUGUGAUGUUGUUAAGGAAUAUAGAUCACUCGAAUGGAUUGUGUAAUGGCACUAGACUGGUAAUUACACGUUUGGGUGAUUAUGUUUUGGAGGGACAAGUAUUGGGUGGCCAUAAUGUUGGUCAUAAAGUUUUGAUCCCCCGAAUGUCUUUAAUACCAUCUGAUCCAAGGUUGCCAUUCAAAUUCCAACGACGACAAUUUCCUUUGGCUGUGUCGUAUGCAAUGACCAUCAACAAAAGUCAAGGACAAUCUCUAUCUCAUGUUGGAUUAUUUUUACGAAAACCAGUCUUCAGUCAUGGACAGUUGUAUGUUGCUAUAUCUAGAGUUACGAGUCGUGGAGGUCUCAAGAUUUUAGUUUGUGGAGAUGAAGAUGAUAAUAGAAGUGAUGCUACUAUUAAUGUUGUUUACAAAGAAGUUUUUCAAAACUUAUGA